AUGCCUCAAAACGACACGGAGGACCCCGGGGGGGCCAUAUCACAGCAACGGCACCAACAACUCACAGGGGAGGUGCCGAAGGAACAUGCAAGCAUGUUCCUUGUCCCUUCCGAGCCGCCGCUGUCGUCCGAACGUUUCGGCGAAAGAGAUCGAGCGGAGCUCGACACCGACGCCCAGGACAGUUCGACGAACGGCAGGAAAACCAAGCACCGCAUCGUCAAGUUUGAAACAGAUUCUGAAGAAAAAACGUUCGAGCGCAUCACCGUUAUCAAAAACAAAAGGCGGCAUAGGGGGGCGAUUGAGAGGUGCCGGGAUCCGGUUGACCCGAAUAGUACUAAGCGUACAGACAUAAAAGCAGAGAGGGGCAAGUUUUCCAAGGAUCUGCAGACCGAAAUCGACGAUUAUACGAAGAAAAUUGAGCAAGAGGAGACAACAAGCGACUACGAUUGGAUGAUGGUGGUGCUGCAGUGUGGACUCGACGAAGGAGGGCGUUGGGAACGGCUGCAAGCGUUGCUGCGGCCAUCUCAGAAACCGAAGUUGGUCGUGACUGUCAUUUAUGAACAAUCCCAAUACGCCGCCGCCGCCGUACCAGCCUCGCCGCAGAGUGUCCAGCGUGCUCCGGUCUUGGCAAAUCCGGAGCAUCCUGCGCCGGCUCAGCCUUCUCUAGACGACCGAAAGAUACUGGGCCGGACGAGUAUGGCGCAGACUAGGCAACAAGGGAACAGCAAUACAGUCGGCGGUCGGAAGCUCGAGGUCUUCCUGAGAGAGGCGUGA